AUGGAGAGUGGACAGCCUACAGCUCCAGAAGGGGACAAUCAAGGCUUGAAAAAGGGGCCAUGGACGGUAGCGGAAGAUGCCAUCUUGAUAGAGUACGUGAAGAAACAUGGAGAAGGAAAUUGGAAUUCUGUGCAAAAGAAUUGCGGAUUGAUGAGGUGCGGGAAGAGUUGCAGGCUCAGAUGGGCAAAUCAUUUGAGGCCUAAUCUUAAAAAAGGUUCUUUUACACCCGAGGAAGAGAAAAUCAUCAUCGAACUUCAUGCCAAACAUGGUAAUAAAUGGGCUCGAAUGGCCUCUCAGUUACCUGGUAGAACUGAUAAUGAAAUCAAAAACUAUUGGAAUACCAGAAUGAAAAGACAUCAAAAAGCUGGUCUGCCUAUAUACCCCCAAGAUUUCCAAGCGAAAACAGCUGCGUUUCGCUUUCACCACCAAGAAGACCGACGAACACAACCCAACUCUACCUCACUCUCCUCAUCUCCUUACAUUCUCUGUUUUCCACCCCUUGAUCCCAACAAUAGUUUCGCAACUCCCUUGAACCCUUCGCAGAGUCAUCUUAGUCCGCUUGCAUUCCACUCCAAUCCGAGCCAUCAGUUAAAACUGUUUGCUAAUACCAACAGUAACGAUGUCUGUUUACCUCUGUCUUUGCCUCCUGUUUCGCCGUACCAGCAAUCACCUCUUUCUACAAAUCCAUUGAGUCAAAACCCCACUAGGCAAGCGGUCGCGAUAAAUACACCACCAUCAGUACUGUUCUACAAUGAUGUAGAUAUGGAAACCAAUAUGAGUUUUACUUCACUUAUAAUGGGGGGUCAAGUUCAACCAAUUGGCUUUAUUCCUUCAGGCCAAACACCACCAGGGCCGACAACUUCUUGGGGUGGUGGUGCUUGUUUCGAGGAGGCAUCCAACAAAAGCAACAACAACGGCUACGGUAACAGUGAAACUAGCCAACAAGGAAUGGCAGGCAAUAUGAACAAUAGCGGUUUGUUGGAUGCUUUACUGCAGGAGGCUAAGACUAUACGUUUCAAAGGGAAAUCAAAUAGUGAUGACUUGCUGCCGGCAUGUAACGAAGGGAAACGUGCGAUGGAUAGUACUGUAAAGGAGGAAGCUACCAAUCGUGUUGAAUUGCUGCCGAGAAACGGUAGCGAAUAUUCUUGUGGUGAAAAACUGUGGGAUGAUUUGAGCUCGUCUCAAUCCUCAAAUAUAUGGACAAAACCAAGUGAGGAAGCAGCUGGCCAGGAGUUGAAUUCCAUGGAUGAUGACUUAAUCAGCCUGCUUAAUCACUUCCCAUCGUCGGAGCCACUCCCAGAGUGGUAUCGUCAAAGCAGAAAUGAACGCAAUUCCAAUAGAAUGCCAUACAGUGGGCUUAAUAUUGUUGAUGACAACAGAGACCCCGACGUUAAGGAAGAUGCUUCACUUACUCGUGCUUCCAACACAGAAGGAGUUCCAAACCGUGGAAGGGCCCUGGUUUCCUGCCACUGGAACAACAUGCCUGGCAUCUGUUAA